AUGGAACCUGCGUGGACGACCAUGAACCUCCUCAAGCGUGCAUUGGACGCCGAACUCGGACUUACUGCGGCCACCUCCUUCGCGUUGGGAGUAAUCUUCCACCAAGGUAUACGUCCAAUCGAGAUUGACAACCGAGUAUGGACGCUCCUCAUACUUUUCUCGAGCUUCAACACGGCAGCUUUCUUUGGCUAUGCUUUUGUCGUACCACAUGGGAUACUGGCGGCAGGCCUCAGAGUUUUCGUCGUGGAUAGCGCAUUUCUUGCUGGUGUGUAUGGCAGCAUUGCCAUCUAUCGGUUGUUCUUUCAUCGGUUGAGGAAAUUUCCCGGGCCCUGGGGCGCGAAGCUGUCUCGGUUUUGGGCUCUCAAAAGAUCCCUGAGAAAGGUCCAGUUUAACUAUGAAGUCGAGACCCUGCACAAGCAAUACGGAGACUUUGUUCGGAUCGGUCCUCGCGAGAUUUCAAUCAACCGGGCCUCUGCCAUUGACCUUGUAUAUGGGCCUCCUUCCAAGUUGCCCAAAUCGACAUGGUACAGCCAAGUGUCGGAUGACAUUAAUAAAUGCUCCAUCAACUCGACACGGGACAUGCAGGUCCAUCGACAGAGACGACGGGCUUGGGACCGUGGAUUUAGCGUCAAAGCACUCUCAACGUACGAGCCCCGCGUGAAAGCUAAGACAGAUCUCUUGCUUUCACGGAUUGCUGCGUCCGGAGGCUCGGCGAUGAAUAUCACCGAGUGGUCAAUGUUUUACACUUUCGAUGUCAUGGGCGACAUUGGCUUGAGUAAGGACUUUGAAAUGCUUACCACUGGAGGUGAACACAAAGCCAUCAAGGGGCUGCAUGAUCAAAUGAUCACGAUCGGCACUCUCGGCACUCUCCCCUGGCUGCUCGCAUUUUUCAGCGCCAUUCCUGGAAUUGCCGGCACCUUUCAGGACUUUAUGGAGUACUGUCGCGAGCAACUCGAGGAGAAGAAGAGAUCGACGGGCAAGGACCAAGAGCCUCGUGAUGUUAUUUCUUGGUUGAUCAAAGCCAAGUAUGAAAAUGACCACUCCGCGCCGCCUUCGGACUUUGCACUGAGCGAGGAUACUCGCCUGAUCAUCAUUGCUGGAAGUGACACCACCGCGGCCGCUCUCGCUAACACAUUCUUUUACCUGGCGAGAAAUCCGACCGUGCAGCAAAAACUCCAGAAAGAGCUGGAUACCAUAUUUCCCGCUGGUGAGAAGGAUUGGACGUACGAGAAGGCGAAAUUUCCGUAUUUGGACAACAUCAUCAACGAAUCUUUGCGCCUCAAGCCUCCUGUGCCAGGUGGUCUUCCUCGAAUCACCCCUCCGCAAGGGCUGCAGAUUGAUGAAAUAUAUAUCCCCGGAGACACCAUCGUCGGAGUUCCAGUUCAUACCCUCCAGCGAGAUCCGCGAUAUUUCGAGCGACCUUUGGAGUUCAUACCUGAAAGAUGGGAACAGAUCAGCACGGAAAAGAGCCCGUUCUUCCCUUUCUCGAAAGGCGCAUUCGGCUGCGUAGGGAAGCAGCUUGCAAUGAUGGAACUUCGCAUGGUCUUGUCGAGGGUUGCUCUGGGCUUCGAUAUUUCCUUUGCUGAUGGCGAAGAUGGGGUUAAAUUCGACGCGGAGGUUAUGGACACGUUUACGCUCACGUUGCCGCCUCUGAAGAUGAAGUUCACGCGUAGACAGUCCAAGACUGAGAUGUAA